UCUGUCAUGAAGGAUGGAUGGAUGAAUUUUGAGAAUUGCUUCUGGGCGGGUGCAGUGCUGCAGGAGAUGUCGAGCCACCACCCAUUUGGAUGCAGGAAGGAGCAGUGAGAAGUGAACUAUCAGUGUGUGUUUUGGCUGUCAAAAUAGCAUCUUUCUGUUUUCUGGGGGGACAUGGGCUUACUGGACAAUACUUCUGCUGCUUGCUGGUGUCUGUGAAAUCAACACACAGUCUGUUGUUGUAGGGACGGAGCCUGCGCGUCCAUGGAAUGGUGCAGGGCAAGGAGGGAAACGGAAAGCCUCCACUGAAGCUGAUGCAAGCUGCCUUCCAGCAAAGUGCAGCCAUGUGGAAAGCCAGGGGAGGAGCACAGGAUGUGGCACAGCACCCAAAAGAGGUACAGACACACAGCAGGCAUCUGGGUUUGGUGCGCUGCAUUUCUAGUUAGGCUUUCUGCCUGUUCUUUCCUGGGACUGAUCUCAUUGCUUGUUGCUUUGGGUCUUAAUCCCUGGGCUUUGCAGUUACCUUUCCUGUCCUGAUUUGUAAUGGGAACCCAACGUUCACCCGAGAUCCCUUACCGUGAACAUGGUAUGGGAGAGCUGGCAUUGAGCCUUUGGGAUUUUCUUGCUUUUCCCAGCAGUGACGGAUGUGCCGGAGGACAUCAUGGACAUUCAGGGUUUGCUCUCUUGGAUCAAUGGUGAGUUUGGAGGCUGCGGAACCCUCAGGUGUGUGUUUGCACCGAGUGGGUGUGGGAAGGUUAUCAUCACCGUUUUGGGGGAUGUUCUUGCUUUUCCAGAGGUGGCAAGAGCUGUUGAGGUCCCCCAUGAGAAGCACAGCAGCCCUGCCCCAGAAUGCCUCAUCGCUGAGCUCCCUGACGAGCCCAGGGACAGCAGAGAGCUCAGCACGGAGGCACAGGCUGCCACCAGGACCCCCACCGACCCCUUCUGGGGGCUUCCACCAUCCCCUGGGUUCCUGCCUGAGCUGCAGUGUGGGUUGUCGCAGCUGCACCCCGUCAUGCCACCAGCGAGUGCCCGGCUCAGCCCACGGCCGACCACCCUGGCUGUCAGCACACCUCCCAAAGCAGCCCAAAGCACACAGCCCAUCAAGGAGGUGCAGCACAGGCAGCCCCAGGAGGUUCCGGCAGAAAAGAAGAACAGGGGCAGCACCAAGCGGGCCAAGCGCCCUGCGCCUGCUGGCACCUCCCAGAAAGGGGAGAGCUCCCAGCAGGAGCAGCCCAGCAGCAGCGCCCCAGCCAAGAAAAGGAAGCUGCCGCCAUGCAAAGAAAGAAGAGAAAGACAAGGCCGCAAACACCUGGGCCAAGUGAAGCUGUGUGGGGCCAGCGCAGGAGCCAGUGGCAGCGGGCAAGCGGGCACUGCCAGCGAGCUGCGCGUGCACUUGUGCGAAUCCAUCCGGGCCGUAGAGCACAUCAGCAGCCUUACCUUCAUCCACUAA